UCUCUAUUCUGACUUGAAUCCAAAUUACGUAAGACUACGCUUUUACUUUGACCCGCACGAUAUCACCGCUCGCACGUCGCUUGUAUUAUAUACGUUGCCGCCGCUGCCCAAAUUGCGGCAAACCCGAUUAUACGAUAAUCGUUCCCUUUUUUUUUUUGCGCAUUGCAGAACGGCUUAAACAGCGAUAGCUUACUGUCGACGCCCAAGUUGACUUUCCACGGUAUCGAGGAUUUCACGAACGAAAUGGGUUUCUUAUACCCUGAGAUAUGCGAGUGUAGAGAGAGAGAGAGAGAGAGAGUCAAAAUAGUAAGCGGACAAGAUACUAUUUUGACCCCUGGUGGUCGGUACCCGGAUCACCAGUGGAUAAUUAAGGGGAGACCAGAGCGCUUUAACGUUCACACAGCGAUACGCAGAAGAUUGAGCACGUAGUUUUGGAUUAAUAGACGGUUGUGCGCCGUACUGAUAAUGUCCAAAUGAUUCAGGAUGGAUGCUGUUUUGACGAGUCCAGUGACAGUGAAGAAUUGUAUGGGGUGGACAUUCAGCCCGUCGCCACAAGUAGGGUCACCAGUAGGGAAUCUAGAAACCACUCAAACAUCACUGGAUUCCGCGGCACGCGUAGGAUGCAAAUCACAGUCCUACACAUCAUGGGACUGUGUGUCGCGUUUGUAUGUUGGUGGUGUCUACAUCGUUGAAACAGCAGACGAGCAUGGUCAAUGGGUCGAGGGGGCAGAGUAUGUGCCAAAGGGGGACACGCCAACACCAGAAGAAUGGAAAGCCCUAUCCUGCGUAAAUCAACAGUAUCUGGACGGGGGAGUAAAAAUAUACAUACGCGGGAAGGGAGUAAUGACUCGUCAACAGGCAAAGAGGUUAACGGAGACAACGCCUGCUUCGAGGGUUGUGGCGAGUGGAUCUAAGGGACCAACAACUAGAAAAGGAGCAACAGCACGCACGGAAGAAGAGGUUGACGACCCAACACCAGAUCAGAACACUGGGUUUUAUUACUCAGAUAUAAUACCCGUGAGGUGUGUAGCUGUUAGCACAAUGAUAUGUGGAAGAGAGACGGAUCCCGUGCCCUAUAGCCCGCAGUACCAGAUUCUAGCCGAUAGACUGAAUGACCCCGCACAAACUGGAGUCUUAUCCGCGGUCGUGCGAGGGCCAAAUGUUAGAGACGCAACGGCUAUGUCGUUACUGGUCAAGGCGAUGUUGCUGAGGCCAUCCACCAGAUAUGAGAUAGCAGCGGUGCUGCGGUGUGGGGCGAUGGGUUUAUCUGUCGGACAAGAGAGCUAUGCCUGUGAUCCCAUACCGUACAGGUUUGUUCGCAAACCAAAAACCGUUAGCGGAACUGGAAUGGACAUAAUGCAAAAGCCAGGUGUGACGCCCAACGCGUGGAAAGCAAUAGCCAUGCCUUUAGAUACUUUCGUGGCCCUGGAAAAUAAUUCAUACUAUUCUACCACGCCUGAUGGCUUUACAUACGGGGAGUUGGACGUAAAUUGGACAGCAGUGCCAGUGCCAUCGCGAUUGUUGAGGCAGAGUCACCUUUUGGCCUAUCUUUUUUCGUUUUUGAGCUCUGAUGCGUGGUCAGGCACUGUAACCUAUGGUAGUGUAACAACAAGAGAUGGCCCUAAUGGGAAAGUGUAUAAGAUGGUGGAAACGUAUGUUCCCGUUGUGAAUAGUAUCAAUGUACCCGGUGUGAGGAACGUGUGUUUAGUACUUAUUGAUGAGACAUCACCCAAUUGUUCUGCCAACGUCAAACUAUCUUUGAGGGACGUGGCUGUAGAUGUCCCGGUGUGGAAAGGUCCCCAAAAUGAGGUGCCCGUAUCAAUUUGGGCGUUGUGGGACAAAUUUUGGAAUACAGAAAACAUACCCGGUAUACGGAGAGACACUACAUUCGCAUUGAGCGAAAUAUGUACGCGGUUGGCUGUGUCAGACACAUGUGGUACGGCGUUGUCGUUGCUCGCAGAAUUGUACGGUCAGUGGUACUACGGAAUUGCACCAGCGCUCAAGCACGACGAGCCAACUCCUGAUUACACUGCGGAGCCAUACGGAUCAUGGACCUACGAUGGUUCGUACUUGGACAAGACUAAGGCUAUGAAAAGCCAUCUCUUCAAUCUGGACCAAAAGGACAAACUGGACGCUCGCAGAAGGUCCAUAGCUUACAAUUUUUCAGGGAUUUCACCUCAGCACGAGUUUCCAACGGGUGUGGUGCGAGUCCGGUAUGUCGGACAGGGUGAACGUCUGAGAAUAACGUGGUCCACUCAACAACCUGAGGUGGCAGUUCCGGCAUACAAUAUUCAGACCAUGACGUCGGUGAGUCGCGUCGCAACCGCGAUGGGAUUAAUCUUAACACACACUGAGUCCUAUCGGUUCGCGUCUCCCACAGGAUUUGUCCACUGGGUGCAUAUGUUAUCUUGCGCCAUAAGUUUUUCAACGUCGGCUUUUCUCGCCCUGAACGACAUAUCGCCCCGCGACUGGGCGGGAGUGGACAACAGGUACGAUGUGGCACACAGAGAUAGUGUGCUCAAUGCAAUUAAAAGUGCUAUGUAUGGAGGAAUAACUGUCCAUCUUGACAUUGAGAACAUCAUGUCAAAUAUACAAGAAUGGGAUUUGGACAUAAUGGCCGAGUAUUUUAUGUUAUCGCCAUAUAAUAACGUGGACUGGAUGACCUUUAGCCCCGUUCCUGCCCACUGCACCCAACAGUGGGUAGACAAAAUGGGAUUGACAGGAGGGACAAUACCCAAAGAAAUAACGAUGUUUUACUAUAAGAGCAGACCUUAUAUGGCCAUGAAGGUGAAACGAGAAUACGGUGAACACAAGUUUAACAUGGUCACAACAAUUGACAUGUAUCGCCGUUUCCCUCAAGCAAUAGUGCGAGAGCCUGGUGAGGGUUAUGUCUGCCUAUUGCAUUGGGUGGACAACGUGGCAGGUUAUUCAAACGCAGCCUGCAAUAAUAACAGAGUCCUGGUUCCAACAGAUAUGUAUGAGUCACUAACCUAUUGUGCACCGGUUAUGAAUAUCGGUAUUCCCUAUUCAGACACUACGAACUGGUACAUCAUCGGUUCAAACUAUGAAUACGGUGAUCCGGCAUUGAGUGGACUCAAAGUCACUCCAAUACAGUGGCCGGGCCCACCCUUGUUGGAGACUCUCUGGCAGGGUGCAAAAAACUAUAUACUGAAACCGGCGGCAUCAGCGCUGGCCGGUUUCUUGACUGGAGGCCCUGCAGGCGCGGCAGUGGCGGGGGCAACACAUAUAGCACAGUAGUUAGUCACGGACCUGGCUCCUACCAAAGAUGCUCCCAAAGCCACGGAAGCCGUAGUCAAGGCGGAGGAGACCGCGAAAAAGGUACUUGGUUUACCAGCUGGCAACACGAAAGUGAUGACUACCAAGACCGUCCCACAUACCUCCAAGUUAAAUACUAUCACAAAGGAGGAAGCGGUCACAAAGGGCAAGGAGGUAGCAACGCUGAUGGAACAGGAGAAGAAGAGUGGUACAAGCGAGAGCACGAAGAAAGAGGAGAAUUCGACUCCUGUUCCAGAGCCGAUGAAGGGAUUGCAGACACCGGAGGAGAGUCCGGUAAACGAGUAAACUAUCCCAGUGAACAAUAAGACGUCUUAAAGACGAUUAAAAGACGUCUUAAAAUGUUUCGGACGUCCAAAAAGAUUUACUAAAAGACAUCUUUAAGACGUCUUAAAGACGUCUUAUGUCUGUCUUUUAGACGUCAUAUUACAUGUCUUUUAGACGUCUUAUAAGACACUUUUGAAAUGGCCUAUAUGACAUUCUUCAGACAUCUUUUAGACAUCUUUAAGACAACCAAUAAGACAUUUUUUUGGCGUCCUAUAUGACAUUCUUCAGACAUCUUUUAGACAUCUUUAAGUCAACCUAUAAGACACUUUUUGGGCAUCCUAUAUGACAUUCUUUAGACAUCUUUUACACAUUAUAGUAUAAUUUUAAGAAUAAAAAGAGAUAAAAAUUUAGUUAUUUUUUACAUGUUUAUUUUAAUUAUUUAAUUAUUACAAAUACACAAUACACAAUACCGCUUCUUUAGGACCGAUGCUUGGUGACAGCCAUUAAAAAAUAUAACAUAUAUAACAUAUAUAUAUAUAUAUAUAUACAUGAUCAUUUACAUGUAUGCAACACGCACGCUUCCUUCCUCUCUUUCUCCCGCUCCCACGCCAUGCAUUCACGAGAAAAAAGAAAUACAAAAUCGUGUUACAUUUCGCACGAUAAAACUCGUAGCUUGCUAACAUUUCUGUAUUACACGUAACACAGAACUACCGCGAAACGUCGUAUGCGCGUGCUCCUGUGUCGCAUGAAGCACCGUAAUGUAUAUACCGUGCGUAUGAUAUUCGGUAAAACAAGCGCGUUUGGUGAACAGAAUGUUACACCUAUUUGACAACUGAAACUGUGCGCCAAACGCGGCUACUGUUGCCAGCUUAUCAUAAGUGGCGACCGAGCCAUGCGCAACGUUUUGCAAAUUUGACACCCAGGCUCGAAUUCAUAUAUUUAUUUUCUUUCAUGCUUCUGCGCGUGUAUAUAUGUGUGUAUGUGUGCGUGUGUGUGUAACAAGUAAUUUUUGUAUACUGUUCUAAGAUCGUGAAGACAAUUAAGUAAUCGAACAUAAUUCAGUGAAUUCUUGGAAUUAUAUAUACAUAUAUCGAAGAACCGCGCCCGACUGCGAGCGAUGGCUUCGUGGAAGUCUUUAACCGGAAGAAUAAACGGAUCGAUCAAGUAUUCGGCAAUGCGCUGCGUUGUGGCUAAACCUAAGUUAAAUAUAUCACACAGCUCCAUAGUAAAGUAUAAAAAGAUUAGAAUACA